UAAGAAGCAGCCGAGGCGCGUGCCGUGUGUUGGGCAGGGCUCGAAAUUUGACGUCGUUCUCAUCUCCAUGAAAAAGUCUUGCUUAUAAGGUCCACCUCAACAUCAGCAACAAGAUGAGGUUGCAUACAGCACCUGUUUUCCUCUUGUUGCUGGCUAACGUGCUCGCGGCACCCAGUCAUCCCAGAGUGAUCCCAAAUGCAGAGGAGGAACUGCAUCUCCCGGCGACGCGAGAGAACUCCAGCGGAGGCGGCAUCUUGCAGUCCAUCUUGCAGACCCUGAAUCCUUUCUCCAGUAGUAAGAGCAGGGAUUUAGAUGAUUACUUAACCUCGUUCAAGAAGAGGCUCCUUAGAGAAGCCAGCGAUCUUACGAACCUUUACGUCAGGGCGGCUUCCGACGUCUACCCCGAACGGGGAGGGAGACAACGCAGAGAGCCACAACGCAACCCUGAAAAAGACUUCCGACUGAACCCCAGGCCGAAGAGAGAUCACCCGUUGGAAUGGCCGCUCUUUGAGGAUUCCGAGGGUGUCCCCGUGUUGCGUGAGGUGGUGGCGUCUGGCUCCCUGGGCUUUCUCGGAGGCUCCCAGAAGAUCUAUAUGGCGUCGUGGCACAAUCGCUCUUUCGUUGCCGUCGUCGGGAACUCCAGGAAUGUCUCCCUCUACACACUCGAUGCUCAGACACUGCAGGCGACUUACUGGGCCACCGUCGACGGGGACGUGGCGUGUGACUUCGGCGUCGUCACCAAUGACAGGCUGCUCCUAACGUGCGUCAAAAACACCGACGUCUCCUCGCCUGUCGUCAAUGUGUACCGGGUCCUUGAGGAGACAGUAGGCGGUAAUGUGUCACUCCACCAUCACCAGGUCAUCCAAGCGGAGCACCCUAUUGAUGUGAAGAUGUGGACGCAGCUGGACACCACGAUCCUGAUGGUGGCCGAAUCCCUCAAAAAGGUGAACGUCACUCUGGAGACAGACUUGGGGACUAAGGUGGUGGUGAUGGCCAACUACGAGACGGUGUCGUUCGUGUAUGAGUGGGCCGGUGAGUACUUCGAUGCCAUUCAGGAGCUCCCCGGGACGAGACCCAACUCCGUGACACACAUCAGGAUCCACAACGCCCACUUCAUCGCCAUGGCCAACUUCAUCGAUAACAAAGGUCGCCACAAUAUUUACAGCAUGAUCUACAAGUAUUCCCUGAACGUGGGCCACUUCGUCCCCUUCCAGCGCAUCCUCACCCGGGGCGCCUACCACUUCGAGACCUUCAUUCUGGGCUCCGGGCUGGCCUCGGAUACCUUCCUGGCGGUAGCGAAUUACUGCGAGGACAAUGAAAAUGGCGGUUGCAAUCCACAUACGAACUCUCAGAUUUACCGAUAUCGUCUUGGAAAAUUUAUUCUUUACCAAGACAUCCCGACGUCUUACGCUGUGGCCUGGCUAGCUAUUCAGGUGGACAACAAUGUCAUCCUUGCCUUGGCGAGUUCCAUGACAGGCGUGACUUUUUACCAGUUCGAUGGGUGGAACUUCGUGACAAGCUUCACCCAAUACAAGGGUGGAGCCCUUGAUGAGGGCGUGAACUCCAUGGCCAUAGUUUCUCUACCUGACAGGAUCCUUAUGGGAGUUAGCAACCAUGAUCCAGACAAGAUGAGUUCCAAUCUCUUUACUUUGAACUUCAACUACACCAAUUCUCUCGAUAACUACCACCACCGCGCCGAUGAAUGGUGUCAGAACCGACGCAGUGACAUCAAGGAGAGAGAAGUCUCUGAAUUGGAGGCACGCAUAGCUUCAGCACCACAAGCUACCUCAGACUAUGUUUUUACGCAGCACGUCACGAUCACAGCCGAUCUUACGGUGAACCACACGGCAAAUGUGACUGCUAUAUACAUAAGGGAACCAGACGUACAUAUACCUACGGACUGGCGCCAUCUCUCAGACCUUCGAGAAAACGUCGACAAAACGGCUGUCAGUGUUGCAGAGAAGAUGAAGGACAAGAUAUUCAUCAACUCUCCUCAAACCUGGCCAGAUGAUCUUCAUUUCGCCGACCUUAAAGUCAGGAGUGAGAGCGAAGUAGAUGAGCUAUUUGUAAACGAGGUCAAUGGUCUGACCUUCCCCGCAGAUGACGUCAUAAGACUUGCAGGAGCAUCUUACUCGACACUCCAUUCUCUUUCCUUCGAGCACGUGGAAGCAAAGGUCGAUACUCACGUCACGAACCUAACAGGGCGCCCUUUCUCUUCGUACGUCACCCUUCACGGCACUCACAAUAUCACUGGCAACACCACCUUCCAAGGGUUUGUGAGGGCACCAGUCGUCGAGGCCACGUCAGGGUAUGUGGACGGCCUCCUCGUGAGAAACUCUACCGUUUUGACAACGACAGGCCAGCAGCAGUUCUUAGGGGCUUUUACCUGCCAGAGCGUUAAUGCAUAUGAGAUCGAGGCUGGGUCACUUAAUGGCGCUGACAUCAAUCAGUUCCAUCGUGAUGUCGUUACUGUGGAUGGAACACAUGCUAUAUAUGGUGCAUUAAGUCUCAAAGAACUUGUGUAUCAUGACCAUUUGGAAGUAAAUGUAUCGUCAAGCAUUGAUCUAGUUAACCCACUGAGGACAGAUGUUGCAGCUACCCAGGAAGUCACAGCCAUACACAAGUUGGGAAAUCUCGAAGUAGCAGACCUAGAAGUAGGAGGAAAGGUCAACACGGUAAAAGUACCUAAGGAUGUCUUCGUCAGCGGUUCGGACUACUUUGUGGAUUCAGCAUCGCUCGACAUCAUUGAGGCUACAUCAAUCCAGAUCAUCAAGAAUCUUGAUCAUAUUACUGUGAACAAUGACGAGAAAUUGAACAUCCUACAGACUUCUGGUGAUCAAGUAGUGACUGCCACCAAAACAUUCACAGAGUUCCACUUGGCUGAUGAUUUCCUUACACCCUUAUUGGAAAGGAGACAGCGAAGCAUUACAGAUGAAUGCAAGCUUUCCUCAUCUUCUGGAAUCACAGAAUUAGAGGGUCACUUCGAGGAGCUAAGGGGACUCUUGCAAGGCUUGUCCAUGACAAAGGAAUUCUUAACGCUACUUCGAGAUGUACAACCUGGGAAAGUGGCACAGGUACCUCUUUAUUUUGUGGAUUUAUAUGAGGAAUUUUUUGAAGAGGAUGCCAUUUCUUGUGCUCUUGUACAAAGUAAUGUUGUCUUUUCCGAGAUGUUGAAAUCUAAUAUCUAUGAGGCAAAUACAGCAGCGAGUCCUUAUGUGAACAGAACUUUGAGUGCUGACGAACUUGCUGUGAUGAUUUCGAAACUUGAAGGAUUUGUGGAAAACUUGAGAGAGCCUAUUAUUUUGGAUGCCACUGAAAUAAUGGCCUGGCCCAAACUGGUUCAGUUUUUCCACUAUGCUAGAAGGCAAAUGUUACAGACUGUUGAGAGGGAUCUUCCACUCCUAAGACUAAUAGAGAAUCUGUUUGAUUCCCAAAACUCCCAGAGACUGAGUAACCCAAUACAUAGUUUCUGUGACUCCGUCUGUCCUGUGAAAGAUGAUGGAAAUGUCUGUCAACCUGGUAUUAUGGUCAUUAGGAAUCUCGUCAGGAAAAUUGCUUCUUAUCCCUCGGUUUUAGAGACAAUGGCAGUCCCUAGAGAGAAUCAGGAGAAAGCUCAGAUGAUUAGCAUAGCCAUUAUAGAUAGGGAUAUUGAGGCAUUGCUUGGGUACUUGUCCUUGGAUGAGCAUUUACAAGAAAGUCUGCACAUAGCAAGUCUCUGUGGCUUUUCCAAAAAAUGGGAAAGGAAUGACGAAAAUGACAAGACGGCUUUAGAGAUUUUAUUGGCAUACGAAGAUGAGCUCAAGAACCUCACCACCGACCUUAGGAGAUCGAAGAGACGUAGCCAUGAAGGUGUGCUGGCCGCCACCGUGGACGAAGUGAAGGACUCCUGGUCAGUUGUCACUGAUGGUUCAACAGAAGACACCACUGGCACCUCUAACGUCAGGGCUUUCGGUAACAUCGUUGGAGGCGAAUUUAACGCAAGUAUCUCCUUAGGUCCUCCUGAGGAAUCUCCAGAGGAAUCUCCAGAAGUCUGGAGUAGUCUCUCGGUUUACUUUCAUAAUUUGGAGAACUUUGUGAACACAAUUUAUAAACUUGAUGGCCCUUUUGUUGAUACAGCCAACGAAGAAAUAAGAAAGAUUGUUCAUCUCAACACUGAUUAUUUAAAAGCUUUGUACUCUAACUUUAGCAUUGGCCUUGAAAAUGUAUCUUUUCUUGAGCACUUAUCUGAGAGCCUCAUACUGGGUAGGGAACUGAUGAUGAAUUACCGCAUAACACCUGAUGUGGCUGAUUCAGUUAAACUGAUGAAGGACUUACCAUGGAUUCGUCGGCUAAUGGAUAAGAUUGCUGAGCAGACAGGAUCCAAGCCCAAGGAAUCUUCUGAAAAAACAAUUGACACAAUAAUGGGGGGUACAGUGCCAGUAACAUAUGAUUAUGCCAUGAUUAUCAAUGAUGUUUUUCACAACUUGUCGCAAACAGUGAAGGCUGAAGAUGUUGAGAAAGAUCGCAAAGAGCGCAUACUGCUCUUAAAGGAGGUAGCAGAACGGCUGAUGGAAGCAAAACGAUCUAUGUACUUAUCUCGGCAAGUUCGAGAGAUUACAGACAAAGCAGAAUUCAUUGAUGCUUUGAUAAGCAUCCUAAAAGAGUUAGUCCAGAGUACACGGUCAUAUACCUAUACAUAUAAUGCUUCAAAGGAUAUGACGAAAUAUAAAGAGGAACUGCUGCAGAUAUCCAGGGUUAUGAGUUCGGGCUACCCAGAUGAAGAAAAUAUCUCGGAUACAAAGCUUUUGGAAAUCAAAUGGUUGCAGGACCAGCUGAUUAGGGACAUGGCAUACUGUAAGAAAGGAAGACAAGUGAUGUCCGCAAAUAUAAACUGUGAACCCCUUCUAAAUUCAGGUUUGUCCCACACAGAUAUCCUCUUCCCUUUUCUAUCACUUCCUGCAGACAAGGAACAAAUCUUUAUGGUUUCCCAAUUAACAUCUUCAUUGCAAGAUAUGAAUAUGCUAUCACCUAAUCGUACAUACCUCUCUGCCAUACUUGUUUUCCUCAAUGUGGUUGAGGCUGGACUUCCUAUACAAGACGAGAUAACCGAAUUACAAUUGGGCUUGCCAGUUAUAAUGGGUUUUGUAAAAAAGGAGUUAGACUCUGUGGUGGAUAUUUUAAUGGACCUUGAGAAUGAUGUUUGGAACAUCGGGGGAGCAUAUGAUACCUACCUUACAAAUAAAGUUAAACAUUUCCUAGUUGCAUGUGACCUUGUACAGAAAUAUUCUGAUCAUGUGACUGAUGAUGUGUUUCUCAGAUUGAACAAGAUCCGUCAUCUUGUCUCAAUUGUUAGAUACAAGGUCAUACAAGCAUCUGCAAAUUUAGACAAAGCUUCAGAAGGGCUGGUAUUUCAAGCUGCUGAGAGUGUUGUAGAGAAAAGCAAUGUGCUUCAUGCUGGAAAUCCUCUAGAUUUCAUUUCUGCCGAUAUUAGUAUGGAUAACUUCGAUGGAGUUUGCUCAAAUAUCACAACAGCAAUCUCUGAUGGAUUAAUACAGAAGAAUAGCUUUAGAACUGUUUUGGAUAACAUUCAAAAUCACUUGAACUCCAUGAAUUCCAUUUGGCCUAUUCAUGUUAAGGUGAGUUCUCAUCGUAGAUUGGGAUAUUCCUACUUAUCAAAGCAGUCAGAGAUUGUCAGAAAAACUUUAGCAAAGUUGAAGAACAACUUAUUGGGGACUAUUACAUCAAGAGAAGAAAGGUUUUCACCAGACAUUUUCAAAACCUUUCUAAACAUUCUAAAGUUUGCUGAAAAUUCUGAUAUAAGCAUUAAUAGUGAGACUUUUAAGAGACUCGAUGCUAUCCAUAUGGAAAGUUUGGCAGUAUUAGAGUUCAUUUCUAAGUCACUGUUUUGUUUGGAAUCAAAGCAGAAUUCCACAGUGCCCAGACUAGUCUCCUCAUCUGAAACAAGAUUUGAAACCCCUUCCUCCUAUCAAAUGCGAGAAUCCUUACACCAAGGAAAGUCCACAGACUCAGAGCAAGUAAAAUCAAUUUCUGCGUCUUCACAAGGAAAAACUGUUACCUAUCCUAACCAAAGAAUUUCGGACAUAUUGGUGUCACUCUACGACUGUUCCGAGUUUUACACUCGGUUGGAAUCUGGUGAACACGUAAAGGCAUUACUGACUAAUCUGGAGGCAGCUAAAGAUUACUUACAACUUUUGGUUUCCAUGGAGCCAUAUACAUUACAGGCAGGAAAAAUGGAAGUAAAGAGUGUUAAUGGAUUCCUUAGUCGAGUUGUUCCAAAGGUGUCUUCUGUUUUGCAUGCACUUGAUGUGGCACCAAUUGAAAAACAAGCAUUUUGGGAUGCAAAUAUUUCACUGGUGGAGGCAAAGAGCCUGGCUAGAAUGUUAAAACAUGUAAAGGCCUUUGCUCUUCUCCUACCACAUGAUGUAGCAAAGGAGAUUACGUAUAUGAUGGACCAAGCACCUACCAUUUUGAAGAAAAUCAUAACCAUUUCUGCAUGCUUUGAGAAGCUAGAGAUGAAGCCUGGUACCAUGCCUCUAUCUAGCAUCUCCAAAGCCUUCCCUGAAAAUACAAUUUCCGUGCAUGAUGCCACAACACUGAUGCAUGAUUUCACUCCCCCCCACAAGAAUACACAUUCAGACAUCCCCUACUUGCAUGAUGACAUCAGUACUUACCCAUAUGAGAACACUAGUGCAUAUUCAAAUGACCAUAUACAUUUGUAUGAUGCCGCUACUACAUACCCAAAAGAUGAAAUCACAUAUUCCCAUGAUACUACCACAAACCUGCAUGAUAACACUUCAUACUUUCUUAACACAUACACAAAUACCGCCAUCACACCCUUACAUGAAGCUGCUGCUGCUACCACCACACCCCAUGAGGCCGCCACCACAACCACCACCACACCCCAUGAGGCCGCCACCACAACCACCACCACACCCCAUGAGGCCGCCACCACAGCCACCACCACACCCCAUGAGGCCGCCACCACAGCCACCACCACCACACCCCAUGAGGCCGCCACCACAGCCACCACCACCACACCCCAUGAGGCCGCCACCACAGCCACCACCACCACACCCCAUGAGGCCGCCACCACAGCCACCACCACCACACCCCAUGAGGCCGCCACCACAGCCACCACCACCACACCCCAUGAGGCCGCCACCACAGCCACCACCACCACACCCCAUGAGGCCGCCACCACAGCCACCACCACCACACCCCAUGAGGCCGCCACCACAGCCACCACCACCACACCCCAUGAGGCCGCCACCACAGCCACCACCACCACACCCCAUGAGGCCGCCACCACAGCCACCACCACCACACCCCAUGAGGCCGCCACCACAGCCACCACCACCACAGCCACCACCACCACACCCCAUGAGGCCGCCGCCACCACAACCACCACCACCACACCCCAUGAGGCCGCCGCCACCACAACCACCACCACCACACCCCAUGAGGCCGCCGCCACCACAACCACCACCACCACACCCCAUGAGAUUCAGAUCCAAGAACUCAAGGAAGCUCCUGUACCAUCUUGGGAAAACUCUGAAAUUCCUUCAAACUCUAAAUUCAUCGCUGCCAUGGAAUCUGCACCCCACACCCUCCCAGGACUCCAGCAUCCCUCGCUACCUCAAAGCGACGUCAAGCCUCAUCCUAGAGAACCUGGAACUGCUUGCAAACAAACCUGUUGA